CUAACCACUCGACCCAUAGAUGAUUGGGGACAUGGACACGCCAGAGACGAGGUCGCCGCCGGCGGAGCUGGAGGAACCGCGCUACCCGACAGCGGUUGCCGUCGUUGACACUGAUCUUCAGACUGCUGCUGAUGAUGAGAUUGCCCCGCCUCUUGUUGUCGAGACUCCCCCUCUGCCUGCUCCUGCGGCUGGUUCUGAUACUGAUGCUGAUGCUGAUGCUGCUGUUGUUGGGGUUGGGGUUGCGGCUGCGGGGGCGGGGGCGGGGGCGGGGGCGGCUGCCGCUGAGCAUGGGGACGCGGAGUGGCGGAGGGAGUGGAAUGAGGAGGGGGAGAAGCGGUCCUCUGCGGCGGCGAGGGGUGAUGGAUCGGUUGCUGCUGGGCGUGGUGUCGGUGCUGCAGCUGCUGAUGCUGCCCCAGGGGGGGUGACGACUGCUGCUGUUGCUGCUGAUGGUGAUGGUUUUGCUGAUGAAAUGCUGCCCCGCUCGGAUUCACGCACUGAGAGGUAGUAGUAGUAGUAGUAGGAGGAGGAGGAGGAGGGGACCCCGAGGACGAUCCCCCUUGCCCCACCUCGUGCUGAUGAUGCAGAUGGUCCUGGGUCAAACUCCACAGAAUCUGCGACGGAGGGGCGUGGGCUACAGCGAACUGCUGAGAUGCUUGCAUAAUCGACGGACCCUGCAUCCCGUAAUGCUGUGCUGCUGCUCUUCCCGCUACUGACGAUGCUACCGUUGCUGACGCUCCUCCGCUCGUGUCACUCACUGCUCUUGCUGCUCUACCCUUUCUGCUAACGACUCCCUUAAUUACUGUACGUCUUUCGUUCCUACCGAUGGACUGCGUGUCCCUGCUCUCGCUGCUGCUGCUGAUAAUGAUUGGGCUUUUUCCACUAAUCGUGUGUUGGGUUGUGAUUGUCGAUGGUGAAGAUAAUGAUGUUGAAGAUGAUGAUGAUGAUGAAGACGAUGCGCUCGCAUACCUUCCUUCCCUUCCGCAUGAUGAUGAUGAUCCGUUGGAUAGGACCUUGUUGAGCAGUCCUGAGCUCCGUUCUUUCUUUUCUGGAGAUGACAAGCGCGGACUCCGCGAGGGCACGCAUGUAGAGUUCUCAAAUCGAUGGACGAACCUCGCCGACGGCGGCAGCGGAAACGGAAAACAAAUGUAGCGGCAAAGG